GGGGCAUGCCCCGGGGGGGCCGGGGGCUCAGCGCCAGGAGCCCUGCUGCAGAUGAAGCCCUGGGAAAGGUGCCGGAGCACCUCAUGCUGCACCGCCCGGACUGGAAAAGGACAAGACGGAGAGCAGCCACGCGACUUGGUGAGACCUGCACUGAACCUUGCCACGCAAGAUGACAGCAAGAGAUGGGCCCCAAGAUAGGUACAAGGGUGUCUGGCUGAUCUUCUUCAUCCUCGGCCUGGGAACGCUGCUGCCAUGGAAUUUCUUCAUGACUGCCAGGGAGUAUUUCAUCAGCCGCCUUGCGGACCCUGAGGAGACAAGCCACUUCUUGAACGAGACUGGUGGGGCUGCCUUGCCCCCCUCCUACCUGCAGUCCAUGUUUGACAACUUCAUGACUCUCUGCGCCAUGGUGCCUCUCCUCAUCUUCACCUGCCUCAACUCCUUCAUCCACCAGCGGAUUCCCCAGCAGAUCCGCAUCUCAGGCAGCCUGGUGGCCAUCGGGCUGGUGUUUUUAGUCACUGCGAUCAUGGUGAAGGUUGCCAUGGAGCCUCUUCCCUUCUUCAUCUUUACCAUGAUCAGCAUCGUCUUCAUCAACUCCUUCGGCGCCAUCCUCCAGAGCAGCCUCUUUGGGCUGGCAGGGCUCCUGCCUGCCAGCUACACCGCUCCCAUCAUGAGUGGGCAGGGCUUGGCGGGCACCUUUGCCGCUUUGGCGAUGAUUUUCAGUAUUGCAGUUGGUGCCCAGCAACCUGAGAGCUACAUCGGUUACUUCGCCACGGCCUGUGUGGUGAUCUUGCUGGCAAUCUUCUCCUACAUCCUUCUGCCUCGCAUGGAUUUCUUCCGAUACUACUCCAUGAAGGACAAGACAGAGUACCAUGUGUACAAUGCAGAGCUGGAGACCAAGAGAGACCUGAUUAAGAAAGAUGAGCCCAAUGGGGUGGAGCAGAAUAACUCAAAGAUCAUCCCUAUCCACAAUCCUGAUGAGAAGCCCUCGGUCGUUGCUAUUUUUAAGAAGCUCUGGGUCAUGGCUCUGUCUGUCUGCUUCGUCUUCACUGUCACCAUCGGUGUCUUUCCUUCCAUCACAGCUAAGGUGUCCACUGUCCUCGGAGAGGGAAACACAUGGGGUCUCUACUUCAUCCCUGUCUCCUGCUUCCUGCUCUUUAAUGUCUUCGACUGGACAGGACGGAGUCUCACCGCCCUCUUCACAUGGCCUGGGAAGGACAGCUGCCUCCUGCCAGUGAUGGUGGCCCUCCGUGUCAUCUUUAUCCCUCUGUUCAUGCUGUGCAAUGUGAAGCCUCGUGACUACCUGCCUGUCGUAUUCUCUCAUGACGCCUGGUACAUCAUCUUCAUGAUCUUCUUCUCCAUCUCCAACGGCUACCUGGCCAGCCUUUGCAUGUGCUUCGGGCCCAAGAAAGUGCUUGCCCACGAAGCAGAGACAGCUGGAGCCGUCAUGGCCUUUUUCCUGUCACUGGGCUUGGCCCUAGGAGCUGCCAUCUCCUUCCUGUUCCGAAUUCUCAUCUAG